GUUGGCCGGACAGUGAAUUUGUGUGCCGGAGAUGACCUUUGAGAUUGGACCACGUAUAGUCCACGACACGACUAGAGAAAUGCCCCAAGAUAUUCUGGAUGUGAUAAGAAGUGAGUGAUGGAGAAAAUUGCUAAUUUCAGUGUUGUUACUGACAGUGUGGGUGCCUAAACUACAAAAAAAAAAAAAUCAAGUGAGAUGAUUAAGGGAGUGUAUCGGAUGUUGGUGAACCUGGUGGAUCCCUUUGGGGUCAUCAGGAAUUUCGUAGUGAAGCCUGCCAAUGAUUUUGCCUUUUCCCUCUUCGUCCACUACAAAAAUCGCACAACUGAAGGAGUUCACAAUGUCCGGGAGUUGCUGCUCAAGGCUCUCAUUGUCCUCUUUGCUGCGGCUGUGAUCAUCUGGACAGCCGUCUUUAUGUACAUCACAUUCUAUUACACCUACAUGCCGGCUAUUGCUCACAUGAGACCCGUUCACAUGCAAUUCAAAACAUGUGACUACGUCAAGGGACCAUGUACCUAUCCGUCAGCCCAUGUUUCCCUGACGAAGAAGCAGCAAUUGCUGAUGGUUGGGCAGCCCUACAAAGUCCUGGUGAACAUUGAUAUGCCAGAAACGCCCCAGAAUCAGGAUGUAGGUAUGUUUAUGGUUUGUGCCGAAAUGCGAGAUCAGAGUACAAGUCUCAGAGGUCACUCCUGCCGUUCUGCAAUGCUACGCUACAAAUCACCCCUUCUGAACACCCUAAUAACCUGGAUUAUGUCCCCACUACUAAUCCUUGGUAUCCGUGAGCAAAAGCAAGUCAUACCGGUUGAACUCUUCUCUGACUACCUAGACGAGAAAACCUAUCCCGUAACCGAUAUCUACGUGGAAAUCCAAAACAAAGCCAUACAAUUCUACGAAGUAAACCUCCAGAUAACUGCUCAACUCAGUGGUCUUCGCUUCUUUAUGUUUCAUUGGCCAGUACUGUCUGCUACAGUAGGCAUUAGUACAAAUCUCUUCGUCAUCCUCCUCAUCUGCCUCCUCAGCUGGUACCAUUGGUCUGACACCGCCUGGAUAGACGAAGCCAGGGAAAAGUACCGCACCCUAAAACUCAGUCCCCUAUCCGAAACUUCCAAACAUUCGGAAGUAUCAACAACAAGAGCGGACACCCACAGCUUCAUCGACGACGAAGAUGUCAGUAUACUUGCAGAUGUGAGGGAAUUUGGAGAUGAAUCAGAGAGCCCGAGUGAGGGAAAGUAGAAUAUACUCUGCUACUAGCUCAGUAGCAUUUUUCCAAAGCAUUCCAAAAAUGAGAAUUAUUUAUGUGUUCUUUUCGUGCUUUUUAUGUGAAUUAAAGACACGUUUUUGGUAAUUUUAAAA